GCCAAGUAUCGCAGGUUGACGAUUUGAAAAGGAUUUAAAUCAAAUAAUGACGAAUAAUACCAUCAUGUGUUUAGUGCUUACGAAGGACUAGCAAGCAGUUACAAUCAUGGCUUGCUCAAAGCUACAAAUAUCUGAGCUAUCUGGCAUGGACCCGGAAAACUAUGAGAAAUUUUUUCGUGCAAUACAAUGGGUUCCUAAUAGAAAAUUGGAUAAAAAAUCCCAUAAGAAGAUCGGGAAAAAGGAAAGAUUAAGGAGAAUUAAAGCGGCUGGUUCUGUGGGCGUUUGCAUCGCGCCCGUCCUGCUGCGGAAUGCUUCACAUUUCGCAGUUUACGCCACGGUCCGCAAGUCUAUACUGACUCGUUCUGCACAACUGCGGUCAAUUUAUUCUGAAACACCUGAUAACAGUGACAAUGAAGAGCCAUCCUGCAGCCAUCACCAGCCUCAGCCAAAGGUGCCAAAGAUCACCGGCAUUGGACUUCGUAUGGUGUUCUCUUUGAUUUCUGAAGCUAGAUUCGCCGAUGUAAAUUUCUGUCAACAAUCUCUUAAAGCUUUGUUAGACAUUUUACAAGGACAUACUCCGGAAGAUAUGGCUCAAGAGCCCAGUGAGAUGAUUGCGACGUUGCACGGUAUCCUGGUUGAGAUCGCCAGAGGCAUCGUCCCGACCGGCAGAGUUGAAGUGCCGACCAAUCACACCGCGCUCAGCAGCUCUUGCUUAAUUGCACUCUCAAUUGCCAGGGGAGAAGCAGAGCUGUUACUGAAUGCUGUUGCUUCCUUGAUUAUGACGCCUACUGCUAUGGCUGAACAAUAUAUACAGAUACCCAUAAAUUUGACAACUCUACAAAGGAGUGUACAAUCAGUAAUUCUUGGUGAAUCUUCACGGAACCAAUGGAUCAAUUUCGGAGUGCCACAUCAGAGCCUCGUGUCUAGUUUCCCAGUGGACCUGCCUUCCAUGAUGACAUCAGGCUCCGGGGAACUCAUAGUCCGUUCCCUGGCCUCUGACGGAUGCUACCUUUAUGUGUACACUUCAAAAGGAAUCCUCAAAAUAGGAUCCGGAUAUGGCAGCUCUUUAAGACAACAUAUCUAUAAAUCUAAAUAUGACUUCUUCAACGGUGACCGCCAUGGAUGGCUCGGAUAUUGCAAGGAUAAACUGUAUGUGAGAAUUGGGAGGAAGAAACCCGAGGUGUAUGAAGUGAAUAAAGAAACCUUUGAAGUGGUCAAGAUCCUUCGACUGGACCCCGGAAUCCCCGGCUCCUCGGAGCAGAAGUGUGCCGUGUUCACGGAUGGCUAUCAACUGGGACUUAUCUUACUUACUACUUAUGAUAAUCUUGCCGUGAAAAUGUACGACGUGACUGCCAUACCCGAGCAUAACGAGUGCUCCCCCAUUGUGCUGACAUCGCGUAAAGACUUGAACGUACAUCUGCUGCGUCGAAGGACGAUGGCAUUGGGCCGGCCUCCGUUUGACGACGGCAUGUCACGAAGACCAGGUGACUUUGACACGCCUGUGCUGAUGCAGUUUGACGACAGCGAUGGUGAUCCACUGCAGGGUAUCUGCGCCGGCCAAGACUUCGGCUUGCUGACUACUGCUACGGGGAAGGUGUACUACACUGGUAAAGGCACAAGCCUGGGCUACAAAAUGGCGUCCCCACACAUCGGGCGAUGGACUCUUAUGAAAGAGACAUUAUUCAAUAGGCAUGAACCGAACGUGAAGAAGUGCAAAGUUGUUCAGACUGCGGUGGGGCACGAGGGAGUCCACGCUAUUCUGGUGCUGGACAAUGGCAGUGCUCUGUUCACGGGAAUAGCCAGACGCGGCGAAGAUGGCGACAGCGGCAAACAUCGCCGCAACGCAAAACCUACGCGCCCUAAGAAAAUUACUAAGGUGGAAGGUCACCACAUUGUGUACGCGGCAUGUAACUACGGCUCCACCGCGCUGAUAACUCGCCAGGGCCUCUUAUUCAUGUUCGGGAAGGACACGCAGCAUUGUGAUGCCACCGGCUUGGUCACAGGCCUCAAACAUGAGAGAGUUAUCCAGGUGGCACUUGGCAAAGCGCACGCCGUUGCAUUAACAAACUUCGGUCAAGUCUACACUUUCGGCAUCAAUAAUAAGAGCCAAUGCGGCAGGGAAUUCGGCUACGGUAAAGAAAAGUUCCACCCGCGACGCAGUCACAAGGAGGAGGUGCGUGUGUGUCCGGGAGAGCACUCCUUCCUCACAGACUACUGCCGCGUGUGCACGUUGUGUCGUCAGUGUACCGGCUUCGCUGACAAGUGUCGCUGUGUCGCCAUGGCCUCUCGCGUACCCGGAGAAUACUGCAGAAAAUGCUGUUGCGGCGAAGGCGAGAGCAGCUGCGCCACUUGCGGCAUUUGUCGUAAAUGUGCCAGCGUUACGAGGAUAUCGCGCCCCUCUAACUCUGAUGUAGACGAAGACAUCGAAGGCGAUCCAGCUGAACCGAAGCCUGAGAGGGGGGAGAGCAAAUUGUUCAUGUACGAGAUGUCGGGUGCUGGUCCGAGCGGCGAAACUGAGAGGGAUGCGGGGGUGAAGGUGAACAGCUUGCCGCCAGCGCGCAUCGCCGUGCCCGGCGGACAUCGCAUCGUCGCCAUCGCCUGCGGCUUGCACCACACUGUGCUGCUCUCUGACAAUGGUGAAGUGCUGACGUUCGGGUCUAACCAGAUGGGCCAGCUGGGUGCAGGUGACGUGGCGGCUCACCACCGCAUAGUGCGCGUGCGGUCGCUGCGAGCCUCCGCCGUGGCCGCGGGCAGCAACCACACCGCCGUACUCACGCGCGACGGCGAGCUCUACACUUUCGGCAGCCAUCAGAAAGGUUCAUUGGGGCGCCAACAGCCCGAGGAGCCCGUGCGUCAGGAGCGCGCAGCAGUUUGGUACGCGACUCCAGGACGUGUCUCCCGCUUCGGCCCCCGCGACGCUUCCAAAGCGGUCUGGGUCUCCGCCUCUGGUGACCAGACCUUCGUACAACUCACUCAGUCCGUCAUCAAGACUGAUACUCUCUUUAGUUCGACUAUCACUGCUAAUGGCAACAACAUUGUGAUCCUGCCCAAUCAGCCGGAACAUGCAUUCAAAUGCAUCACCAUAAAUAAACUAGACGGUUCUUGUAAUGCUUGGACUGGACCAGAGCAAGUUGACUUCGUCAACAGUCUCGCAUGUCUAGACCCUCUCUAUGAUGUACUGUGGUGUUACCAGCCACAGAUGAGAGUCAUGAAGUGCUUCAACAUCCUCGCCUUCGAUGCCAACAAACUGCAGCGUUGCUACAACGAUCCGGACGCAACCACCGAAAAUGAAAGGCAAUUCCCUAACUACGGUAUGAUGAAGCGAUUAGAGGACUUCAAAGAUCUGACGACUUUCGAUCAGUGCCGUUCUACUGAUGAGAAACCACCGGAAAAUCUGGCACUCACCCACAUGUCUGUGUUAAACCAAGACAUUGCUAUACCCAACGUGGCAGAUUGUCAAGUGACAAGGAUGCAUGCGGCUUUGCAUCUCAUGGGGUGUUUGGACUCACUUACAUAUGCUCAUGAUAAUAAGCUCCCGAUAACGGAAUACAAACCCGAUAGUAUGUCGAUGGGCGCGGCGCCGGUGCUGGAAGACUUCCUGAUGGUCAACCGCUUCGCCAGUCACGGCGGUGGUUGGGGGUACUCCGGUCACUCCAUUGAGGCCAUUCGUUUCAUGUGUGAUACAGAUAUUUUGUUGGGCGGCUAUGGUUUGUUCGGAGGCCGUGGCGAUUAUACGGCUAAGAUCAAGUUGUUCGACAUUGGAAGGGAGGGCGGCGAGCAGGAGGGGGACGGGGAGCUCCUGGCCGAGAGCGAGGAGAUCGUCUACGAGUGCGCGCCCAGGGAUCGCUUCCCCGUUUUAUUUGAUUCUCCUGUAUCUGUAUCUGCUAAUCGAUGGUACGUGGCUUGGGCCAGCGUCAAUGGACCGUCAUCCGACUGCGGCUCCUCGGGACAAGCGGUGGUCAUCAAUGACGAAGUCGGCUUCCACUUCAAGACUUCUAAAAUGUCCAACAACGGCACAGAUGUGAACGCGGGACAAAUACCUUGUCUCCUAUACACUGUUCUAAAUGCAGAAGCUUUAGCGCUCCGCCGAUCCCAAAAACAUGAGCCGAUAGUUGUUCUAUCCAAGAAUAUUUCUCGUAAAGUCACCGUUGGCUGCUUCAAAAUCUUAAUGAACUUAAUGGAAUGGAGCUGGAAGACAUUCAAAGGGAUGGUUGAUGCCACAAACGGAUUAGUCCCCAUCAAUUAUCAGAAACUAAGUGCGAUGAAGCAGCAAAAGAGAUUGGUGUAUGUGAUAAGAUCUUGCCUGAGACUUAUAAGAUCUUACAUAACUGAAAUAUAUCCAAACAAUGGUAAAAAGAGGAAUUCACAUGAGUUCAUGUCGUAUUUCGAAGCAAUAGGCGAGGUACGCAACUUUAUUAGGCAAAUAAUGUCGGAGCAGGUUCCCGUUUGCGCCACGCUGCCGCGACGAUCAGGCAGGAGAGGUUACAGAGCUUGUUACGUUCAGUUCUCUUUGGAAUUGACGAACUCUGUGCUAAAAGAAGCUCACGAGACAGUCACCUCUUGCUUCCACGCAUUCUACCCAACGCCCACACUCAAGUGGAACCAUCUUUGCUCUCAGCUGAUUUAUGUUAAGGAGGGAAAAGUCCCUAUGGCGAGUGUGAGGGAGCUGUCGGCGACGUGCGCGGCGCUGUGCAGUUCCUUCAGCUUGAUGGAUGUGCUGCAACACAUCGCGGGGGUGACGCAGAGCUUUCUGCACGAGGACAACAAACGCCGCGUUGAACGCCCUGAUAGCAGGAUGGCGAAGGAGGGUCCGAGUAAAGCUGGUUCAUCGUCGCGUGCCUCGAACUCGAAGAAACCUCCCCCUGUGCCGCCCAGGGCUAACAAUAGAGAACAAAAAAGCCAAGAUCAGUGUGAGCCGAAGCCGGCGUACUUGGACUGGCAUUUGAUGGACGCAAUGCCCCGUCUGUUGGACAUCGUGCUGAUACCGGUGAAGCAGCGGAUGACGACGCGCCAGUGUCCUAAGCCCCACGACCACGGCGAGGCCGCGGCCCACCAGCGUCUGGCCGAAUACUGCUGCAAAUUCUUAGUGCGGAUAGUAGCUGAAUUGGCGCAGUGUGCCAAUGAUGCCCGGGACGAACUGGACACGAAUGCCGUGAAACAUCUCACUACUCCGUCUCGAUUUGUUCGCGUGAAUCAAAACCGCGCCUGGAACACGGGCAACGGGAGCCCCGACUCCAUCGCGUUUACAGUAGACCGGCCGGGCAUUAUGCUGGUAGGAGCUUGCGUGUACGGCGGCGGUGGCUCCUAUGAAUAUACACUUGAGCUGAUGCAGGACCAGCUACGCAACACGUCGGAGGACCCGAAGCCGUCGCACUGCUGGGUGAGCGUGGAGUCUGUUCACGGCACAUUCACUGCCGCCGACUGCCAACACGAUAUGGCAACCAUUAAGUUUGAACGACCCAUCGCAUUGAAGGAGGAGGACCAAUAUGCACUGAGGCUGUGCAACCAAGGCGGGCGUACUGUGAACGGCGACUGCGGUUUGCCUUCGGUGAAGGGCCCCGACGGCACCACCUUCUACUUCGCCUCCAGCUCUCUCAGCUUCAACGGAACUACUCUGGCCAGGGGACAAAUACCUUGCCUUGUCUAUUACGGAUCUUCGAAGUUGCUAUCAAACGCGUCUGAGAGUAACGACGCGAUAGUAUCAGCGCUGCGCAGUCUGACCGUGCGCGUUGGGGCGCUGGUCAUGGAGCGCAGCACGGAGCUGCUGGCCGCGCUGCGGGCUGACCUGACUCCGGAGGAGAUGCGGCGCAACCUUCCCGCGCUGCGCGACAGCCCCGCCGUCAACACUCUGCUGCCCUACGUACUCACACAUCUAGAGACCAUGGACGAUCCUAAGAGUUACGUCAAGGUACUGGAGCUGAUCCACAAGAUGCUGCCGCACGUGGCCGCGCUAAACCUGCAGACGCCGAGCGAGGAGCCGGCCUCACCACCAGGACAGUACUACACCUGGGUCGAGAGCCAGCACCCUUACCAGCAGUCCACUGUCACAAACAUGAGAGUACUAUUCCCAAAGAGCGUGACAUGGAUAGCGUUAGAGAUGGACCCGCGCAGCAUCACCGCCCAGCCCGAGGACACGCUGACGAUCUACGCGGCGGCCGGUGCGCCCACGAACAAGUGUACGGCUGUAAAAGAGCCUCUCAUCUCAGAGUCGCCCUUCCGUAAGCGGCGCAUUCUGUUGUCGGCGGAGGAAGGAGAACAAGAUGAUUUCAAUGAAGAGGGAGAUUUGGAUAACAACUGCACACAUCAUAACAAAGUUUACUUGAGUGUGACGCCGCGACUUGCUAACGUAGCUUCCGAAUAUCCUCAGAAAGCUAUUUUGGUACCUGGAAAUGAAGUCAUAUUCUCAUUGGAGACAGCCUCCGAUUAUCUAAGUGACUACAAAACUGACAAUGGUCCGGACUGCCACUUCGGUUUCCGUUGCCUGUGUGUGGGGCACGAGGACGCGCCGUUCACCACACAGCGUAAUGGUCUGUCGCUGCUGGAGAUGGAGCUGGUGUACGCCGGCGCCGCCUGCGCCUCGCGUCUCCUCGCACCUGACUUGGAACUGCCUAAUACGUCUCUCAAGACCCUGGCUGAUAUCCAGUAUCUCACAACGUGGGGCACGGCGCGCGAGGGCGAGCCUCCUCUAGACAACACGGAGAUGACAUUCAUCGCCCGAGGCUUAGAUCUCGCUUCCCUCCCGACCAUACAUCAAGUUCUUGAUGGACAGAAACUGGCGCGGAGUAAAUCAGCUGAAAAUCAAUUUCUUGUCGAUUUUGUGGCGGGUGCGGAGAACACUGCCGGCGGUCGGCUGGCUCGCUGGCUGGCUCCCAUGCCGCACGUGGACCCGUCGAAAUGCGAACUCAAGUUGUUGAGCUCGAAUUCGAAACCAGCUCUACCGAUCACUGUGUGCGUGGUCAUUCGCGAUCAGUACGGAGAACCUGUCAUCUCUCCAUCGCUUAGAGUUGAGAUUCUUGUUCUGCGUUUAAGAAAUAAUGUAGGAGGCAAAAGAAGAUACAACGUGGACGAUGAAAACGUUUCCGUACCCGACGUGCCCUACCAGAUCACAGUUCGGGAAAAUGUGAGCUACCACGCUAUUACUAUGAUGCAGCCCUACCAGAAUUAUUCGUUCGAGGAGAUCCGACUAGCGAACGGUAUGUGGUGGGACGAGGACAUGACGGCCGACGGCAAUGAUGAAGAGACCAUGAUGAAUGAGUCGAUGAUGAUCAACGCUCAAGCUGACGGCACGUACCUCGCGACCUGGGUGCCUCAUGAGCCAGGGGACUACGUCGGCACCUGCCUCUUGGAUCAUGUACCCACUAAUUUGGAAGUAGUGUUCGAGGUGAGUUUAUCGCACAAGCCGAAAGACGAUAAAGCGGUCCAAUCUGGAAAUUUCUUUCUCGACGUGGACGGGGAGGCCUUGCAGUCUCGGCAGCGUCGCUUCGAAAUCAGCAACAGCGCUGGUUUACGAGUCCGCUCCAGCCCCAGCCUGCAAGCGGAGGAGAUUGGACGUAUACCUCGAAACGCUAACGUCGGCUUUGUUGAAGAGGUGGAGAACAAAGACGGUGUAUGGGUACGGCUGAGCGAGGAGGCAAUGAAGUCGUAUACAACAUUCCCCGUCGCCAUCGCGUGGUGUUUACAAUACCACCGCCAGCUCGACCUGGUGCUGCUUGUGUCCAAUCAAACUAGUGAGGCUGACGAGGAGGAAAUUACAGAAGGUUGGAUCGAUGACCAGCAAGCGGAGCCUGGCGUCUGGAAACCCGACGAAAAGGAUAGUACUAACGACGCUAGUGAUGAUGAAGACAGAAGAUUCCCAUUCUCUAUCGACUUGGGCAAUGACGCUCUGGCGGCGAAAAAAUAUGACGAAACCCAAUCUCACAGGCUACUGAUUGGGAGCAGAUCAACUUGCUCGAGGUACCCUGUAACGCGACAACGUAAUUCUGUAGCCAGUGCGAGUGACGAAGGUUCGACCCUGUUCGUGUUCGGCGCAGAGCCAAGCAAGCGUUGCCGUCUGGCGCGCAAGGGCGCCGCCGCCGCCGGAGCAGUUGCAGCUGGCUCGCCAAGACGUUUCCAACGUAAAAGCAACGGCAACAGGGAGGAGAUGAUAGCCAGACGACACGACGACAAUGUGCAGGAUGCUAACGUGCAAGAGACGGACAUAGAGCCGGAGCCACGUAGCCACAGCCGGCUGGCGCAGGCGGGCACUCAAACCUCGCCUGAUACCUACGCCGAGGGAGCGCUCGCUCAAAUGUUCCUCGGCUCAUACAAUGCCGAUGGCGAUGUUGAGGACCUUAAUGAAGAGAGACAAAGAUCUAGAAGUGGGAGCCGUGAUCGAUCAAAAGCUCGUGCGCUCCGCAACUCUCCACCACCAUUGCCCGCGCGAGCCUCCUCCUCCGCCGCCAGCCCGCCGCCACCCCUCCCGCCUCGCAAGCACGCUAUCUGCCCCACACAGGCUAAAUGCAUGCGCAGCAUCUUUGCUGCGCUUCUGUGGCAUGAGGGCGCUGUACAUGACGCGAUUGCGUGUGCAACCUUCCUUAAGUUCCACCCAUGCCUGCCGCGCGCGGGUGCUAGCGUGGUGACGCGCGGUGCAGCCCAUGUGCCACCUGCGCCCCGCCCACAGCGACACUCCGUUGAAGUGGCCAGCUCAGGGCAAUACCUGAACUUGAACCCAUCGACUUUGGAAUCGCUGACACGUUCAGGGAACGAAGCCUGCGCGAGUCGUGAGCGCAGAAUUGAAAUGGACGAGGCCAUUAGAGAGGAAGAGGCAGGGACCAGUGAAGCCGGAGGAUCUUCGCCAGCAGUAGUGAAUGUUUUGCCUCCAGCUUUACGCGCUUUAGUCUCCUUGUGGGAUGCACUAUACGACUCUGAUCAACUUGCUGUUGUUACUGACAAAUUUAAGAAAGGUGUAGCGGAAAAACAAGAAAGUGAUGAUACAACUAGAUACAGUGGCAUUCGUAAGAAGAAGGACAGGAAAACAUCUCCAAUGGCGAAGGCGCCUUAUUCCGUUCAUUGCGAGCUGUGUGGUGGUGCGAAGGUGCCGCCGCCACUGGGCGCUCAUAUGCGGCACUCUCACCCCGGAUGCCGCGCACCCUCCGCCACAGGCUACGACCGUGCCGGUGUCUUUCGGCACGCAGAUGCCCCGCCCCACCUCGCAGUGCAGCCUCUUUGCGGACAGGUGGCACAAGCAUACCAGCUGUGGUACAUCUAUUGUGAGAAAUGUCGUGAAAAAACCCUUCGAAGCGCAUCAGCACAAAAGCAAGCCAAGAGCAAAGUGGUGGCCGAACCCAUCACCCGCUCAGAACCUGAAAUUGACUUCAUCAAAAUGUACAACAAUGCUGACUUUUUACUUGACAUUGCUUCAAUUACUGAAGAAGAAUCAUCAUCAUCCGCUUCGUCGGGCGAGGGUUCGAGUCGCAGCCCGCCGACACCUGCGGGCAGCAUGUGGCAACCGGCGCCAGCUUUCCAGUGCCUAGCCGCGCUGGGUGCUGCGCCUCGUGCCUCCGCUCAGGACGCCGCGCGAUACCACUCACUGGGACGACCGCCGCCGCCGCCACCCUCGCCUAUCGCGCCGGAGGACGUACCGAGCACAUCCAGCGGGGCGGGAGGUUGGCGACGCGUGCACCGCUCAGUGUCUAUGGGCCAGGCGGGUGGCCCACUCGCCGGACAGUGCUCCUUGCUCGCGCGCACUGAGGAACCGGAAGGACAGGAUACUUUGACAGAUGUGCAAUACUUAGCUUCAUCGAGCUCGUCUCUACUCGGCCAACCGAGCGCCAACCUCCGUCGCCUGAUUGGCUACGGUGUUGAUGAUGACGCAGUCUCCGCCUUUGAAGUACCCAAUGUGGACCCAACUGCGUUGUUCCGCAGCCCCGUGCUCCUGUUCGUACUCGCACGACGUGAUAUCAAAGGACAUGAACUGAAGAUGGAAGCUGCCGCAAGGGUUAAUGCUGUACGGCAAUACGCUUGCGAGGCUCUAAACUGGUUGCUUCGUUCCGCAACUCAGCCUACUUGCGUCCAUGACGUCAUGUGGUGGUUCUGUGAGGCACUCUCUCAAUACGCGUGCUCCCCUCCUCCCACUCCCGUUGUUCAAGAAAAUCAAGAACAGCAAGAGGGAACCCAAGCGCAACCAUCGCAAUCAGCGAACCAAGAAUGCGUAUAUCGCGAGUCGAACUCUAUGGGCGCGUCGACGUGCGCGCUGUGCCCUGGUGGGCAUUCUGUACGCGGUGCGCGCUCUGCUCUGCACGCCUUGUUAGGCUCCGUGUCCGCGCUCGCGCCUUCGCUGCACCCCGCCAGCUCGCCAGGUCUGCAGGCCGUGCGUUGCUGGGCCUUGCAGUACUCACAGCAUGACCGCUCCUUCUUGCAUAGAUCCCAAGUAUUCAGCGUGAUCAGUCGCAUUCUGUCUCACGGCGAGGACGGUGCCUUCGACGAGGCUGCCUUUGGUGCUUUGCACGAGAGCUACCACACUUAUCAAAAUCAAGAAAACUUUGUGUGGAAUUGCCCGGAUGUGACCAGUUGGUGCGAAAUAACGGUGUCGUCGCGUCAAGGCAUGGCAGGAGCAUUGAAUGACGGAAGCACUGAGACAUUCUGGGAGUCCGCUGAAGACGAUCGCAAUAAGGCCAAGUGGAUCCAAGUGACUUGCCCCAGCGGUACCCCCGAGGACAGGCCUUAUCUCGUCUGCCUGCACGUCGAUAAUAGCAGGGAUACUUCGAACAAGACACUCGUCGCCUCGUUCCUAUUCAGCAGUGGCUCUAACGAAUUAGCCUACAUGCAAGAAGUCGACAUCGAUCCAAGGAACGCUUCCUGGGUCUGCUAUUCACUACCGCGAUUGCCGUGUGCACCGACACGCGUGCGCUGCGAGCUCCGCGGACCGGAGCCGAGCGUGCGCGUGCGUCAAGUGUGUGUACUGGGCGUGCCCCGCGUGCAGCCCCCCUCCCCAGCCCCUACACAUGCCUUACAAUCACUCGUCGAACAAGACACGCUACGAGUAUUCCGACUGCUUACCACAGAGGUGUUCGGUAAACUACUUGAAUACGAUGCUAUCGGUGCUGAGAGCAAUGACGCCGCUGUUCCUGCUGACAACACGAUUGCUGAUGACAGCGACCUGCGGGAACAUGUUGUUGGUAUACUCUUCGCUGGACACAAACUAACCACACUGCAGAAACAAGUGAUGACGCACAUCGUGUGCGCUAUCAGCUGGGAGGCGAGCCGCGCCCGCGACGACUGGGAGACGUCGCUGCUGUGCGCUGAGUCUGAGAUCGCGGUACCACCUCGCCCACCAGUGCAGGACAACUACUGCUUCGAAAUGCUCUCACUGCUGCUAGCAUUAAGUGGUAGCUCGGUGGGUCGCGCCCACCUUGCGCAGCGGCUCGAGCUAAUGAGUAACAUGGUGUCACUGCUGCACACCGGCAGCGACCGCGUGCAACGACAGAUCAUAUCUUUGUUGCGCCGAAUGAUAACUGAGAUUCCACCGCAGAGAGUCUCAAUGGCAUUGAACUUUGGAGUAGAACCAGCCAACAGGACAUCAAUGCUGGACUGCCUAGUUAGUUACUUGGCUAAGGCUAUCACUAUACAAGUGAAGGUAAAAGGAAACGGCACCGCCAUCCCCGGCUCGUUGACAAUGGGGGGCAGCGUGAAGCCAGCGCCCCCUGCCACCUGGUACAUGAGAGGACAAACAACUAAACAACACGCUCAAUUGGUCGCCAAAUUACUUCUUGAUAUGGCUGAGGGGCGUGUGUCUCCGGUGUGGGGGGAGGAGACUCGACACGCGCUUGCGACCUACGUACUGCAAGUGACACAAGCCAGUGAAGCGGAUCGCCGUCCUGACAGAUGUAUCGCCCAGCCUACUAUGUGGAUGGCGCUCGCCUCCCUGUGCAUCUGCGAGCAGUCCUAUAUUGAAAUAUUAAACUCAUCGGGUGGUCCGGACCUCCGUACGGUGGCGGAGGCUCGUCCAUUCUGCGCGAACCACGAUGACGGUAGCACGUUGGCAGUGGUCGACUGCAGCUCGUGCGGUCCACUGUGCGCGGAGUGCGACAGAUUCCUACAUCUUAACCGUGCCGCUAGGUCACAUCGACGUCAGAUUUGCAAAGAAGAGGAAAGCGCGAUUCGAAUUGACAUACACGAGGGUUGUGGCCGAGCUAAACUGUUCUGGCUGCUCAUGCUGGUUGAUAGACGUACUCUGAAAGGCCUGGCGGAGUUUAGAGGAAUGAAUCCGGUCACUGACGCCUCAAAUGUGGUCUCCGGCGAAGGCACUUCGACUGACACUCAAGGCACGGCGGGCACUUGCAGAUUCUGUGGCACUAGAAGUAGUUCAGGACUGUUAGCUAUAGGAAAUGUCUGUGCUGAGGAACAGUGUCAGGAGUUCGCUAACGAGGCAUGCUCGCGAGUGUUGUCGUGCGGUCACGUGUGCGGCGGUGUACGUGGCGAGCCCACCUGUCUACCAUGCCUGUUGGGUUGUGCACCACCACAGGACGCCGCGCCAUUGCGACAAGACGCCGACGAUAUGUGUAUGAUCUGCUUCACUGACCCAUUGCAAGCUGCGCCCGCUAUACAGCUGAAGUGCGGCCACGUGUUCCAUUUGCACUGCUGCAAGAAAGUGCUGACCAGCAAAUGGAUUGGCCCCAGGAUUACGUUUGCAUUCUCCAAAUGCCCGAUCUGUAAGGAGGAUAUGUUCCACUGGACCCUGGAAGAGCUGCUAGCACCGAUACGUGUGCUGUAUGAGGAAGUCCGUCGCAAGGCUCUGAUGCGUUUAGAGUACGAAGGCUUGGCGGAGGCGCAGGCACGGUCAUCUGCCGACACCGCUAUAUACGCUAUGGAACGUUACGCCUACUAUGUCUGCCAUAAAUGUGGCAAGGCAUACUUCGGCGGUCUAGCGCGCUGCGAGGCUGAAUCUAAUGGUCGCUGGGAAGCCGACGAGUUGGUGUGCGGCGCGUGUAGCGAUACCACAGGCGCCCGCGUCUGCCCCAAGCACGGCUCUGACUUCCUCGAGUACAAAUGUCGAUACUGCUGCUCCGUGGCGGUCUUUUUCUGCUUCGGUACGUCUCAUUUCUGCAACGCGUGCCACGAUGACUUCCAGCGCGUUACUAACAUUCCGCGUCAUCUACUGCCGCAGUGCCCCGCCGGUCCAAGAGGCGAACAAAUGCCGGGCACUUCUGAUGAAUGUCCCCUGCAUGUACAACAUCCACCGACCGGCGAAGAGUUCGCUCUUGGCUGUGGCAUAUGCCGUCAUUCAUUGGCAUUUUAAAUUCCAUGCGACAACGGUUUAAUUUAAGAAUUAUUCCAUUCAUUUGUAUUAUUAAGUUA